AAAAGUUACAAGGUACAUGACGAUAUUUGAAAUUUAUUUGCCGUUGAGAAACACUGCGCGGAAGCACAUGUCGAUCGACAGGUUAAAAUCCUGUAAACAGCAUUCUUUAGUUACAUGUUGAAUUAUACUUUCGAAUGAGAAUAUAAAAGUUGAAAAAUUUAACAAACGGUUAUUAAGUACAAUGUCUAAAGCAAGUAAAAAUAUUGAGUCCGAAAAACAUAGAAAAGAUUCCAGGAAAAAUAAUCGAUGGGGCAAAAAAAAGAACAAUGGAUCUCGAAAUGACAAUUUUAAAAAGAGUUCUUUUAAACGAAAUUUGCCAAAUUUUCACUCAGAUGAGAAAAGAAAGAAACUGCAAGUUGGAAACAGGUUAAAGGAAUGUGAUGUUGGGAUCACAGAGUUUAUUGGAAGCGAAGGAUUUUUUGGUGUGAUUAAAGAAAGAUAUUCAGACUUUCAAGUUAAUGAGAUUGCUGCUGAUGGACAGAUAGCUAAAUUAACAAAUCAAGAUGUUCCAUCAGACGGGGAGGAUGAGAGCACAGAAGACCCCCAAAAAAUGAUACCAAGUGCAAUUUGGAGUCAACUGCAGGAAUUUAAAAAAUUAAAAAAUGCUAGUCUAGAAAUUGAUGUAACAAACUUGUCUAAAGAUCAACGUAAAGCAAUUCAUAGUAUUGCUAAAUCAAUGAAGGAAGUUUUAAGUCAAACUGUAGAUAGGGAAAAUAAGAAGAUCCUGAUGAUUUUGCCAAAUAAAUACGGUAAUAAUAAGAACUUUCGGAAAGACACUAGGAUAAAUUGGAAAAACCAAGGAAAAUAUUGUUACUUUUUAUUACAUAAAGUGAACAUGGAUACAAUGGCUGCUUUGAAUCGACUAGCCAUGAAUUUACGUUUGAAUCCAAAUAGUUUCAGUUAUGCUGGGACAAAGGAUCGUAGAGCGUGGACUACUCAGUGGGUUAGUGUAAAGAAAAUUCGACCCACGAAUAUAUUAAGAGCAGCGAAAAAUAUACGUGGAGCGUAUAUAGGAAAUUUUAAAUUUGAAAUGGAAUGUUUGAAAUUAGGCAUGUUGAAUGGUAACUGCUUUAGAAUCGCUUUGAGAAAUGUUAGUGGAACAGAUGAGCAAAUUGAAAAGUCAAUGAUUUCUUUAAGAGAGCAUGGAUUUAUAAAUUAUUACGGUAUGCAAAGAUUUGGUACUGUAGCAACUAUUCCAACUUAUGAAAUAGGCAAAGCUUUACUUCAAGGUAAAUGGAACGAGGCAAUUGAUUUAAUUUUGAAACCUAGAGAGGGUGAGAAUGAUGAAGACGUGGUAGAAGCUAGAAAAAUAUAUGCAGAAACUAAAGACGCAAGCGCUGCAUACAAAAGAAUUAAAAACUGUAAUAAAGUAGAGGCUAUACUUCUAAAGGGACUCAGUACAUGUAAUAGUAAUAAUCCUCAAGGUGCUUUGGAUUUAAUACCAAGAAAUGUUCGUUUAAUCUAUAUUCAUGCCUAUCAAAGUUUCGUUUGGAAUCACAUAGUAUCAAAAAGAAUAAGAGAAUUUGGAAAGAAUCCUGUGGUAGGAGAUCUAGUAUAUGAAAAAGAUGUAAAAUCUGAUAAUGAAGAAGAACUCGUAACUGAAGAUGAAGAAGCUAAUGAAAAAGUAAGUGAACUUGGAAACGAAGAAGAUGUAGAUGAGGAAAUGGAGAAACCGCCUGAAACAUUCGAAGAAUCACCAAAUACUUUGAUUAAAGAAAUGACAGAUACUACAGAAUGCUGCCUUAAAGUAGACGAGAAAUAUAGAAAGAAUACAGAGAAAAGUAGAAUUACUAAUGAGAAAAAUGAAAACAACGAUUCAUAUAAUCUUCCUGCGGUAAAAAUUCUUGAAGAGAAAGAUUUGCCAAAUUACACUUUAGCAGAUGUAUUAAUGCCACAAGUUGGUUGGAAAGUUACAUACCCGCCCUAUGCUAAACCAUGGUUCGACGAGUUUCUGGCAAAAGACGGAUUAACUACUGAUCUUAGGCAAAAGAAUAAAAAAUAUACUUUGGGCGGUGCUUAUAGAAAAAUAUUGCAAAUUCCUUCGAAUUUAUCUUGGAACGUUAUGCAUUAUUCAAAGAAACAUGCCGAUCUUAUUAUGUGCGAUAUUAAUGAAAUGAGAAAGUGCUCAGCUCCAAAAGAUGAUCCAGAAGGAAAAUAUAAAGCUUUAAUAAUACAAAUGUCUUUAAAAUCUUCUACAUAUGCAACUAUGGCAUUGCGUGAAAUUUUAAAAUCUGAUACAUCGCCGCAAGUACAAGCUGCUCAGUCUGCUGCUUGUGAGGCAGAAUUCGAGAAGUCAAACAUCUCGGAAAAAACUAAAAACACUAUCAAAGACGAUAAUAAAUCGAGCGAUAUGAAAAAACAUUUUGAUAUUGAAGAUGAUAAAAUGGAAAUAUCCAACUAAGUAUGAAGCUGUGAUAAUUCCCUUAUAUGUCUAAAUGAACCAACAUAGCUCCAUUUAUUAAAUAAUUCAAAAUUUUGAUUUUUGAUUCCUUAAAAUUUAAUUAAAUUUAUUUUUUUUUACGAGUUAUU